GCAGCUCCGGGUGCAGCUUGGGUGUCCGUGGGUCCGUCUGCCUGGCCAUCUGCCGGUGGCCCCUCUCCCUCCUGCUGCCUCCCCGGGAGCCCCACCUUGCAGGCGCAGCUCUGCGCUCAGCAUGCGGCCGCCCAGCCUCAGGCACUUCUUGCUGCUGGCUUCUUCCCUUCUCCUCGCCGGGCUGUCAGCCGCUCCACAAGGCUUCUCGCCGUCCCUGAGAAGCUGGUCGGGCGCCGCCUGCAGGCUGUCCCGGGCGGAGUCGGAGCGCCGGUGCCGCGCCCCUGGGCAGCCCCCCGGGAGCGCGCUGUGCCACGGUCGGGGCCGGUGUGACUGCGGCGUCUGCAUCUGCCACGUGACCGAGCCCGGCACCUACUUCGGGCCCUUGUGUGAGUGCCACGAGUGGGUGUGCGAGACCUACGACGGCAAGACCUGCGCAGGCCAUGGUAAGUGUGACUGUGGCAAGUGCAAAUGUGACGUGGGAUGGUCUGGGGAUGCCUGCCAGUUCCCCUCUAGCUGUGACCUGACCAAGAAGAAGAGUAACCAAAUGUGCAAGAAUUCUCAAGACGCCAUAUGCUCCAAUGCAGGCACAUGUCAUUGUGGCAGAUGUAAGUGUGAUAAUUCAGAUGGAAAUGGACUUGUUUAUGGUAAAUUCUGUGAGUGUGAUGAUAGAGAAUGCGUGGAUGAUGAAACAGGAGAAAUAUGUGGAGGCCAUGGGAAGUGUUACUGUGGAAACUGUUACUGCGAGGCUGGUUGGCAUGGAGAUAAAUGCGAAUUCCAGUGCGACAUCACCCCCUGGGAGAGCAAGCGAAGAUGCACUUCUCCAGAUGGCAAAAUCUGCAGUAACAGAGGGACUUGUGUGUGUGGCGAGUGUUCUUGCCAUGAUGUAGAUCCCACUGGAGACUGGGGUGAUAUUCAUGGGGACACCUGUGAGUGUGAUGAACGGGACUGCAGAGCUGUCUACGACCGAUACUCUGAUGACUUCUGUUCAGGUCACGGGCAGUGUAAUUGUGGAAGAUGUGACUGCAAAACCGGCUGGUACGGGAAAAAGUGUGAGCAUCCACGUUCCUGCCCACUGUCGGCUGAGGAGAGCAUCGCGAAGUGUCGGGGAAGCUCUGACCUGCCUUGCUCCGGGAGGGGUAAAUGUGAAUGUGGUAAAUGCACCUGCUACCCUCCAGGAGAUCAGAGGGUGUAUGGGAAGACAUGUGAGUGUGACAACCGCCGCUGUGAGGACCUCGAUGGUGUCAUCUGUGGAGGUCAUGGCACAUGCUCCUGCGGCCGCUGCGUGUGUGAGACAGGCUGGUUCGGAAGGCUCUGCCAGCAUCCGCGGAAGUGUAACCUAACAGAAGAACAGAGCAAGAGUCUGUGUGAAUCAGCAGACGGGGAAUUGUGCUCGGGGAAGGGUUCUUGUCACUGUGGAAAGUGCAUUUGUUCUGCAGAAGAAUGGUACAUUUCGGGGGAAUUCUGUGACUGUGAUGACAGAGACUGCGACAAGCAUGAAGGACUCAUCUGUACAGGGAAUGGAAUUUGUAACUGUGGAAACUGUGAAUGCUGGGAUGGAUGGAAUGGAAAUGCAUGUGAAAUCUGGCUUGGCACAGAAUAUCCUUAACAGUUGCAUUGGAGAACACUCUGGAUUCUUACUUUUCUAGGCCGUUAGAACACAUAAAUGCAAAGAAUACCAUGUAUAAUCACCAGUAGGGCAGAUUAAACAGACUAUUGUAUGUUUUUCUAUUUCUGAAUUCCUGACUGAAAUCUGGGUACCCAUUAGAAGUGAGCUAAGCAAAUUCUGAUAUAAAUCAUAGAAAUAAGGUUUUCUCUUCAAAUAACAUCAGUAGUUCUCAACGUGGGCGACUUUGCCACCCAGAAGACAUUUGGCAAUGCCUAUAGACAAUUUUGACUGUC